GUGGUCCGGGGGGAGCCUCUCUCUCUCUCUCUCCCUCGCUUGGCUAGCUGGCGGGAGGGAAAGUCUGGGAGGCAGCGCGGGGGGCUUCACCCCGCACAGCUUCUGCGGCGGCCCCCCUCGCCCUCGGCGGGGAAGGGGGCUUGCAGGCCCCCCUCCUCCUCGUCGUCCCCCCCUCUCCCCGAUCAUGGAGCCCAAGCCGCGUCUUUUCAAACGCCUCGCCUCCUCCGGCGGCAGGAUCUGCUCCCCGCCGCCCGGCUUGACGUCCGCCGGACCCUGCUGCCCCGACGGCAGCCCCCCGGCGCCCGGCUUGUGCUGCGGGGUGAUCUCCGCCUCCUGCAAGCCGCUCGCCUCCCCGUACCCCCCUUCCUCCUCCUCCUCCGAGGCGGCCAGCAACGCCGUCUACACGGUGCUGGUGGAAGAUCCGGCGUCGAUCCGGAGGAGGUCCCGUCGCAGGAGCUGCGAGGACGGCGCCGGCAGGAGCUCCCCGGCCGGCAGCAAAGGCAGGCUGCAGCUUUUGCAAAAGAGUCCUGCCCACUGCAGUGGGAAGUGGCUUCCAGCGGAAGCGGAGCCGAUCAACGGGAGGCCGAGGCACCUGUCCGAUCCCUUGGUGCCGAAGCGGCUGGAGGAUGAGGCGGCGGCACUCCGACUGCUGGAUCAGGCCCCCCUGCAUCAUUCAGCCUACAUCCCAGUGCCUAGGCAAAGAAAGUUGUCUGAAAAGGCCGGGAUUGACGAGGUCAUAGCGGCUGCAGUCCUGACGAGCCUCUCCACCAGCCCGGUUGUGCUUAACAACCCACCCAACGGUUUCAGCGCAGAAACCAACGGUGAUGUUUGGAAGGAAGUCCCGGCCAUGUCCUCCAGCUGCAGCAGCAGCAGUAACAACAGCGGCGACUGGAGCUGGGACCCUCCCAGUGACCUCUCCACGCCUUCGACGCCGUCUCCACCGCUGUCCACGGAGGCUCCCGCCAGCUUCCUUCCCUCGCUGCAGUCGGAGCUGGAGGAGACCGAGGCGACUCACUUUCUGUUUGGUGACCCCAUCCCCAGGAAGAGGAAGAACUCCACCAAGGUGAUGUUCAAGUGCUUGUGGAAGAACUGUGGGAAGGUGUUGAGCAGUUCGUCUGGGAUGCAGAAACACAUCAGGACCAUCCACCUGGGGAGGAAAGCUGACCUGGAUCAGAGCGACGGGGAGGAAGACUUCUACUACACGGAGCUGGACGUCAACGUGGACUCCUUGACGGACGGCCUGUCCAGCCUGACGCCCGUCUCCCCCACCUCCUCCGUGCCCCCGGCCUUUCCCGCCUUGGAGGAGCUGCAGCCAGCGCCGGGGCCUCCUUCGUUCAGUCCGGACAUUUCCGCAGCGCCUCACCUGAGCCAGCCAACGCACAUGGCCAUCCUCAGCCAAUCGGCGCCCACGAGCGUCUGCCACAUCCAAGCUGACCAUGCAUACCAGGCGACGGGUCCUGCUGGCGUGCUGGCCGAUCUGAAAGCGCCACCCAGUGGAAUGGAAAUCAGCAUAUCAUGGCAGCAGCCAACCUUUUUUCCACCUCUGCCCCCUGUCCUUUUUAAAAGCCCCCCGGGCUGCCUAACCCCUAUCCGGCCUGCUGACAUAGGAGAAAAGCGCCCACAGGUCCCUCCUGUGCCCGCUGCCAAGGGGCACCCAUCAGUGCCCUCUUCCAUGCCAAAGCCUGCCACGGGCACAAGGAAGCCACGCGGCGAGGCCAAGAAGUGCCGCAAGGUGUACGGGAUGGAGAACCGCAACAUGUGGUGCACGGCCUGUCGCUGGAAGAAGGCCUGCCAGCGGUUUGUCGACUGAGCCGAGUCCCCCUGCGGCCCAGCUCCGGGGAGGCCGCCCGCCCGCCUGGGCUCUUCCCCCUCCUCGUCGCGCGAUUUGCACUUCUGUGCCUUCCUGCCUGACCUCCCUGGCCGUCCGCCCGCCUUCCUGGCAGCACCUCCCUCUCCCCGCCCCCCGGCCCCCACCCAAGGUGGGGACUCACAUCUGUGCCUUGGCUCAGGAAGAAAGGAGAGUCUGCUGCGGACGGUGGCAGUGUAGCUUUGCAAGGAAGGAGCCCCUGCCUUUCCCAAGCUGUGCACGGCCCAGGCAGGCCCUCUCGACCCCCACAAUAGGAACACUGUGGUGCUUUCCCCCCCUAACCUUUUUGUAAAAAAAAUACCUGCCACCAAUCUUUCUUGGCCAAAUGGCAGCUUUUUCCACAUCCGCACAUGUGAAGAUCGAGCCUUUUUUUCUGUUGAGGGGGUGUUUCUGUUUGAAAUAAGCUAUUUCUUUUCCUUCCCCCCCCCCCCGUAUCCUUGCCUCCUCCCCCUUUGUAGCCUUAAGGUCCAGGGUGGGGAGCCUGUAGCCUCCCAGAAGAUGCUCAGCUGCAGCUCCCAGCAUCCCUGGCUGGGGCUGAUGGGAGUUGGAGUCCAGCAGGCCUUGGAGAGGGUCCCCCACCCCUGCUUUCUAGGGUUUGAGGCGGGGGGGGGGGCAGCCAGCAGUUCCCCGUGAGAAGGCUGCCGAACCCAAAGAGCCAAUUCGAGUCAGGCCGAGCCAAUGGUAUCUCUUCCUGCCCUCAGCGGAAAGGAGAACAAGUUUUUAUCCCAUGGCUAACGGAGAACACAGACUUUUGCACCUGGGCUGUCCUCCUCUUCUCCUUGUAGAUUUUCUGUUUCAUUAUUUUGCUUCGGUGAAUCAGGCCUUCGACAGAAAGGAAAAUGCCCCCGUCUCCAGCACCUUCAGCUAUUUUCACGUAUCGGUUGCAACACAAUUUUCAGAAACAGAAAGGUGUUUUUGUCUAGGUUUUGAAGGUAGCGAGUCUAAUCUAGGACUCGGAUGCAGUUGCCCCGGGGUGUGUGUGUGUGUGUGUGUGUGAAUCUGUAGGGUGUCCUUGGAGCCUGAGAAGUUUUAUCUCCUCGUCUUCAUUCACUACCCGCCUUCUCUCUUCCACCUCUACCCUCCAAGACAAGGAGAAGAAGGCUGUAUUACAAGAAACGUCCGGACUUUUGCAACCUGGCUUAAGAAUGGUCCCACGGUGGAUUUGAAUACGUUGGUCUCUUGCAAGAAAUAAGCUAUGCACGGGAAAAGGCAGCCUGCUCUCCCCCCCCCCUCCACAAGAGCCGGAAUGAAUUUGCAUUACUAGUUACUCUGACCACACAAAGGAACACUUCAACUUCCUUACGUGCAAUCCCAGACUCUCUCGAAUUUUGUGUUUGCCGGCAGGAAAUCAGGAAAUGGAUCUGCGGCAGGUUUUGACUUGGGUGCCGGUUGUGGGUGGCAAAGUUGAAAUUUCAGUGACAAGACUCGCAACUCCCUCCCACCCGACAAUUCUGGCUCAAAUUUGAAUUUUGGAAUCAGGAUUUUCUGAGUUUUGUAUUCGGAGGAAACUUGCCAAAUGUCGAACAUUGAGGUUUCAUUUUGGUCUGUUUUUCCAUCUCCCUUCCACCUUCUGAACUGCUGCGGCUUAUUUUUGGGGGGAGUAAUUGCCAUUUUGUAGCUGUUCUUGGGGUGGGGUGGGGUCUGAACCAAGCAGUGAUGAGCUUGCUUGCACUUAAAUGCACCAGAUGCCAGAAUGAUGUGCUUUAAAUGGAAUUAGUCCAAUGCACCUUUGUCACUGGACACACAGCGCAAAGGCAUUGCUUUUCCAGAGAACUCUACGCAACCUCCCCAGCCCUCCCACCUCAAGCAGUUUCUUGGGUCUCUCUUUCAUUUGGGUGGGGAGGGGUCGUUCCUGUGCAGUGGAAGUCCGCAUUGCAGCUGUUUCCUAAACCUUUUUUUAAUUUGGGAAAGUGAACAUUGAUUUUUAUUUUUCCUCAAGUAUCGCACCUGUAAAACAUGUUGAUAUUCUUACCCAAAUUCCAUCCACCUCCAUAAAUAUUUAGCUAGGCUGUUAGAAAUUUUUUUUCCUUUUUUGUUUUUUUGUUUUAGGAGCCAGCCAGGUCUUUAUAACCAAACUAAUCCCGUUAAGGUUUUCAAUGUUUCGCCCUUCGUUUUUUUAAAUUAUUAUUAUUUUUGUGCCACACUUCAACCCCUGAGAUGUUUCUUGUAGCUAAAAUAGCUACUUGUCUGAAAGACAGAUCUUGUAAAGUUGGGUAGCUAUUAAUGGGAAUCCAUGGUCCUCAGAUAAAAUCUGCUUUUAGCCAAAAUGUA